AUUUCAGGGGAAACCGGCUAAAUUUGAUAUGGAGUUAAAUAUUUCUACCCUAGAUAUUUCAAAAAUCAAGCGAACCAAACUGCAAAAUAUCGGCAUUCAUUAUUUGGACGAAUUAGACGAGAUUUUUCGAAAUUCCCUAAAUUUAAAUGUUCCGGAAACUAAAUCUGCUUUGGAGAUUUUAGCGAGGCAAUUAAUUUCCGGUUGUAUUUUGAGCUAUAUCAGGGAGCUGGAUAUUGUACUGAGAGAUGAAAUAGUAGCCAAACGAAUAAUUGAACUGACCGGUUUGCCUGGAUCUGGCAAAACACAAGUUUGCUUUCAGUUGUGCAUCACAACGCAAUUACCACACGUUAUUGGCGGUGCAGAAGGACAUGUCGUGUACUUUAACACCAACAAGAACUUCUCACAAAGACGUUUAGCAGAAUUAACGAAAAUAUUUCUAGAGAAUCUUAAAUCUAAUUCUUGUGCAAAUAUAACAUGGCAAAGUAUCCUUAAAAAUAUUUUCGUUUUUAAUAUUCGCAAUUUUGAACAGCUUUUUGCAUCAAUUACAUAUUUAGAAACAUUUUUACCCAAUAAGAAGGUUAAACUAGUUAUAAUAGAUAGUUUUACAUACCCAUUCAAGCAAGUGAAUAUUGAAGAUCGAACAUGUCUAAUAUAUAAUUUCAUGGAAAAACUGCAAAAUGUUGCAAAUGCUUAUGAUUUUGCUGUAGUUCUUACCAAUGAUAUGACAACUCGAAUACUGGAAGAAAAAGCUUCGUAUGUGCCUUCAUUUGGAGAUAGUUUCUUUCACAGGGUUAAUACCAGAAUAAAAUUGUCAAAAGCGGACCAUGGCUUUUAUGCUGAAAUCAUUAAAAGCCCCACUAAAGUACCCGUCAAGACAAUAUUUAAAAUAUGA